AAAGUCUAAUUAUACUUUCAACUUACCAAAACACGUUUUAAACACUCUUAACAUUUCAAUCAUGACUGUUGUUGAUUCAGCUCUACGAUCUCCAGUGAACUACUCACCGUCCGGUAAGGACGUGAAGGCUCUCAGGUUCAUUGAAGAGAUGACACGUAACGUCGACUUCGUUCAGAAGAAAGUCAUCAGAGAGAUACUGAGCCGUAACUCGGAGACUGAGUACCUGAAACGUUUCGGCCUUAAGGGAUUCACCGACAGGAAAACAUUUAAGAGCAAAGUUCCGGUGGUUACUUACGAUGACCUUAAACCAGAGAUUCAACGUAUAGCCAAUGGUGACCGGUCUAUGAUCUUGUCUUCUCACCCUAUUACCGAGUUCCUAACAAGCUCUGGGACAUCUGCUGGUGAAAGGAAGUUGAUGCCCACCAUUGACGAAGACAUGGACCGACGUCAGCUUCUAUACAGUCUUCUCAUGCCUGUGAUGAAUCUCUACGUGCCUGGAUUAGACAAAGGCAAGGCUCUAUACUUUUUGUUUGUGAAGGCUGAAUCGAAGACUCCCGGUGGAUUACCGGCACGUCCAGUGCUCACGAGUUAUUACAAAAGCGAACAAUUUAAGAGACGUCCUUACGAUCCGUACAACGUGUACACGAGCCCUAAUGAAGCCAUCCUUUGUCCCGACUCCUCCCAAAGCAUGUACUCUCAGAUGCUUUGUGGUCUCCUCAUGCGUCACGAAGUCCUCCGUCUCGGUGCCGUCUUCGCUUCCGGUCUCCUCCGUGCCAUAGGGUUCCUUCAAACCAAUUGGAAAGAACUCGCUGACGAUAUUUCAACCGGAACCCUAAGUUCGAGAAUCUCUGACCCGGCGAUCAAAGAGAGCAUGUCCAAGAUCUUGACCAAACCUGACCAAGAAUUGGCUGAUUUCAUAACUUCGGUUUGUUGUCAAGAUAAUUGGGAAGGUAUCAUUACUAAGAUUUGGCCUAACACCAAAUACCUUGACGUCAUCGUUACCGGAGCCAUGGCUCAGUAUAUCCCGAUGCUUGAGUACUAUAGCGGCGGUCUACCUAUGGCUUGCACGAUGUAUGCUUCGUCCGAGAGUUACUUCGGGAUUAACAUGAAACCAAUAUGUAAACCUUCCGAAGUUUCUUACACCAUUAUGCCUAACAUGGCCUACUUCGAGUUUCUCCCUCAUGAAGUGGAACCAGAACAAUCUGAACUUGUGGAGCUAGCUGAUGUCGAAGUCGGGAAAGAGUACGAGCUUGUGAUCACAACCUAUGCUGGGCUUAACCGUUAUAGAGUUGGUGAUAUCCUUCAGGUGACUGGAUUCUACAAUUCCGCUCCACAGUUCAAGUUUGUGCGGAGGAAGAACAUUUUGCUUAGCAUUGAGUCGGAUAAAACUGAUGAAGCUGAGCUUCAAAAGGCUGUUGAGAAUGCAUCGGUGUUACUUGGGGAGAAAGGAACCCGCGUGAUCGAGUACACAAGCUACGCAGAGACAAAGACUAUACCUGGCCAUUAUGUCAUCUACUGGGAGCUUCUAGUGAAAGAUCAAACCAAGCCUCCAAGUGACGAGGUCAUGGCUCAGUGCUGCUUGGAAAUGGAGGAGUCGUUGAACUCUGUGUAUAGACAAAGUAGGGUUGCGGAUAAGUCGAUAGGACCACUCGAGAUACGUGUGGUGAAGAAUGGAACGUUCGAGGAGCUCAUGGACUAUGCCAUAUCGAGAGGUGCAUCGAUCAAUCAGUACAAGGUACCGAGGUGUGUGAGCUUUACACCAAUCACAGAGCUGCUUGACUCGAGGGUUGUAUCAACACAUUUCAGCCCGGCUUUGCCACAUUGGUCACCAGAACGCCGUCGUUGAGAAGAUUUUGUUUUGGUUUAGAGUUUGUAAGUCGUACAAUAAGUCCGGUGUACGGAUGUUUACCCGAUCAAUGUUUACUCACUCUCUCCCUGCUUUUAUCUGACUUCUAAGUAAUAAAUAAUAAGUAAUGUAAUCCGAAGAAUGUGAAGUUUAUUUAUGCAUGCAUACCAGUAAAAUUA